GAUUCGGAGAUGGAAAAAUUUUGAGAGGAAAUCGCAAGAAUAACGGUCAGUUUAUCCAGACUUAACCGUUCAUUAAAAACAAACUUCUGCAGAGGAAGCAAUGAGAUUGACUCAGAGUAGUAGCCCACAUGUGUCUUGUUAGAACUUGUUAGGCAAGGAAAUUCUUUACAGUUGCAAUCUUUGUACUGACUGGAUCCAAAUCACACAUGUAGGAUAUUUAUCUCAUUCUGUUUGUUUGUUCAAUGAGGUGACUAGAAUAAAGUUAUUUUUUGAGUUGUCAAGUCCACUUGACAAUACUUCACAGCAUUAUCUUUUACAACGUCAGUGUAUUGUAAUCAAAAUAUCUCUAGUGCUGAACUUUGGACAUUGAUAAGUUGUAGAAAGUUAAGUUAACAAAAUGAAAUUGAGUCUGGCAUUCAACUGACUAACAAGGGAAAUAACAACAGUUGUGUAGUGUUUGGCCUACAAGGACAGUAAUAGUUCUGACUCGUUUAAAGUUUUCAAGUGAAUCAGCAUUCAAACAGGAACAGAAACAACGCAGGAAGUAUGAAGAAGGUAGCAUCCUUUUCAGACCGAUGUAGCAUUCAAAGUUAUACAUCGUCUUCAGAAGAGGAUCCGCUGAAGAAGAGACAAGCCACAACGCCGACAGCUCAGAUGCGAAGAAGAAAAUCACUCAUGAAUAUCGUAAAACAAGUAAGCUGGAAAAAAGGGCGCCACCUUCAGCGUCUCGUGGAGAAAAAUGGCGAUUGCAAUGUCAUCCACAGGAAUGUGAAAAGACGGAAAAUGGACUUAGUGUCCGAUCUUUUUACGACUUUCGUGGAAAUGAGAUGGCGGUGGCUGCUAUUCUUAUUUACUAUUGGGUAUCUUAUUGGAUGGGUAGGAUUCGCAGGCUUUUGGUUUGCAAUCUCAUAUUACAAUGGUGACUUGGGUUACCUUACAGACAAUCCAGAACACAAACCUUGUGUUGCUAAUGUAGACAGCUUUGAAACAGCUUUUCUUUUCUCGCUUGAAACACAAACCACGAUCGGUUAUGGUCUGCGUGUUGUCACACCGCAUUGCUGGAUGGGAUUUGUCCUUGUAAUUGUUCAAUCCGUGUUUAGUUGCUUAGUCGACGGUAUCUUGAUCGGCUGUAUUUUCGCAAAACUUGCCAGACCAAAGAAACGUGCAGUAACUUUGAAAUUUAGCAAAUAUAGUUGUAUUGCAGAACGCGAUGGACAGUUAUGUUUUAUGUUCAGAAUUGGCGAUAUUCGUAGCAGUCACCUUUAUGGAGUUACGAUACGUGCUCAGCUGAUGCGACCGAGGAUUACACAAGAAGGAGAGUGCAUUCCGCUAUAUUCAUAUGAACUAGACUUGAAAUCAAAAACCAAUGACAACAAUUUACUUUUGGUCUGGCCGAUGAUUAUUUCUCACCAAAUAGGACCGGAUAGUCCACUCUACGAUUAUUCCGCAGACGAACUUAAAAAUGCCGACUUUGAAAUUAUAAUCGUUCUUGAGGGUGUGGUAGAGCAGACAGGCUUACUUUGUCAGGCGCGCACUUCAUACCUACCCUCUGAGAUCAAAUGGGGUGAGAGAUUUUCAAGCGCCCUUAUGACCCUCUAUGAUGAAUGGGACUGCCAAUUCUCUGUAGAUUAUAAGCAGUUCAAUAAGAUGUACACAGUUUCGGACAUGCCAAUAUGCAGUGCACGUGAAUAUGACGAAAAACGCGCGCAAGAGCGUGAAGGACUUGACCUAGAGAGUUUGCGAGGAUAUCAACAUAAAAGACUUCUUGAUCUAAAAACCCAAGAAGCUGAGAAGGAAUAUAGACAUAAUGGCAGGCAGAGAUCAAAUGGCUCGAUUGAGAUACAUGAAGGGAAAGUCGGACUAGCAUCCAUUGAAUCCUUCGAACAACUGGAACAAGGGAAUGGCAAUAACUAUUUGAGAGUUUCUUCCCGACAAUCGGAUGUUUGAUGAGGAAGUAAUGUCAAGUACAAUAUGCCAAAUUCAACUUCGACCUACGAUACGUUGAGACCAAAUAAAAUCGCAGAAAUAACCUGCGGAACAAUAAUACUCACCGAAUGAUGAUGAUCAUGAGAGACAGUACACGAUCACAAAAAGAUCUGUGAUUACAUGAAGACCACGCAUGGAAGCAGAAGACACCUCCUCGCAUCAACAGAACAUAGAGAUGAUCACACCUGCAUGGGCAUGUCACGAUCACAUGGAUCUUCGCAUGGUUGAUGCGUGCAAGAUGUAACCAUUGCUACUGAAUGUUGGUAAAAAUCUAAAGAAACACCUUUGACAAAUCUGAAGUCUUCUUGAUCAUUUCUACAAUUUGAAAAUGAGAGUUUGAGAAUCAAAUCUGGAAAGGAGUAUGUAAUUAGAAUUUGGCAUGACAUGAAAUGCAAAAUGUAAAGAAAAGGCUGAACAAAAUUUGUUUUUAUAACAACAUGUCUACUGCUCUAUGUACUUCAACCUUAUUUCAUUCCUUAUUUUCCAACCUUUUAAACCAAUUUACAAUCAAAGGAAUAGCCAUUCAUAGAUUAGAAAUAAUACUAAUCUUAAUUUAUCUCAUCACAAGCUAUAUGGUAGUUUUGAAUGCGCAAUAAUUUCAGGAAUGGUCAAGUAAUAGAAACAAGUUAUCAAACUGUCACAAUUACUACGCUGGCAGUGUGGUACUUGUGUGAAAAUGGUUGCAAUAUUCGGAUGUAAUGAAAAAUCAAGAGCUCUUACAGUAUUCUAGGCUAAUACGGGUUUCCAAUGUCUCGCCAAUAGCCAUUUACAAAAGAAUAAUAGAAUAACAAUUUUUGUUAUUUUUUUUAAGUGCCAUUUUUAUUCGGCAACACAAAAGUAUGCGAUUUUGAUAUGGAUUUGUUUCUGAUAUGGAUCUGAUGCUUCUGAAGGAGUUUCAUAAUCUAUUUAUCCUACAGUUUUUCAGAAUUAACAAUAUAAAAUGGAAAUGAUUAUAUACAGUAAGCCGCAAAUGUGCAAUUAUUUGUUAAAUGCUUUGAUCCAUAUUUCAUCACAUGAGUAAAACUACUGUAAUAAGUGGUUUUAUUAAACUGCCCCAUCAUUUUCUUAGCUCCCAAGUCAGAGGGAUAUGAUGAGUCAGGAAAUAAACUCAAAUAAAACUACUGUUACAUUAUGUAUGACUAGACCAUUCCUUGUGGAUACACCAAAAAUGUUACCAAAAAGCUAGCUCAAAGCUAUCCAAGUUAAAAAACCUCAUAAAGAGCAAACAAUGCAACCAUUUUCUUUCUUUUUUUCAUUACAUUUUUGAAUUCUUGCGACAUGCCUAAACAUGACAUCACCAGGGGCGGAUCCAGAGAUGUCCAAAAGGGGGGUGGGGGCGAAAUUUUGGCCGAUCAGGACGACAAUGUCCUAGGGGGUCCGAAAUUUUUGUGUUCUAAACGCCCAAAAAUAACAUUUGAGGCGUUGUGGGCUAUCAUUUUUUUCUUUUUCUUUCUUUUUUCCUUUUUUUUUCUUUUCUUUACCUUCCAAAAGGGGGGGAACCGGGGCUGGGCCGCCCCCCCCCCUAAAUCCGCCCCUGAUCACAUCAUGACUAGAGGCAUACAAUGUUUUUAUUCAAAGAAAAUUUGAUACUGUGGACAAGUCUGAGUUUGAGACAACCAUAGGUUGUCUUAGAUUAAAAUUUAGAUCAUUUGGAAGUCCACUCAUAAUAAUAAAUAAAAACAUUAUAAAAUACCAAAAUUGUUUUCUCAAGAUAAAAAAAAAAAAUUUUACAAAAAGCCUCACAUUGAGACUUAAGUUAUGUUCACACACAAUUUUAUGUGGCAAAUUCCUGUAUAUUUAACAUGGGUCUAAUAUUGCUAUCAUCAUGGCCAUAUUAAGGGCAAAUCACAUUUUUUUUAUCAUAAAACUUGAUAGUAACUGUGCACAAAACCUUAGGAAGUAUAGUCCAGUCUUAAGCUACGUUGAGUUUUUACGUUUUGAACACUGCGUUCACAUCGCGCACGGAACAUGUUAUUCGGGUUAAGUAUGUAUGCUUUCGAUUGGUUCGAACCAACCAAACUUGUUGCUGAUUGGUCCAAUGGGAAAAAACGUACGAUUUCAUGAUACAAAUAAAUCUAGACAAGAUAAAACAGCUCAAUUUUAAAAUUUAAAUUUGACCUAGAAAGUAUGCAAUGUUUUAUUUUGUAACUAAAAUUACCUUAAAUAUUUGAAAUAUUUUACUUUAAAAAAAAAAACCAAAAGAACAUUAACAACAAUUUCUAAAAAGACAAUAUUGAAAAGUAAUGACUAAUUUCAUUAUGUUUUAUUUUAUAUUUUAUUAAUUCAGCAUUAAGAAACUACAACAAAUGUGACAAAAAUUAAGUUGAGAUUAAAUAUUCCAAUUAAUUGACUUCCACAAAUACCUUCUCUUGUUAUAAGUAUUAAUUCCUAUUGUUCAGCAGGCCUGCAUUAAACUGUAUAUAAAAUGCAUGAUUAUAUUUAUCAGGAUGUUAAUAAAGAUGCAUGACAUUAUUAUAUUGAAGGAGAAACAUGUUUGAAACAUGGCUCCAAUAUCCAUUGAAGCAAACCAUUAACUUAUAAACUUUUGUCCAAAUCAGUGAAAAAAUGUAUAAAUUGUUUAGACAAUCUUUUUUUUUUUGUAUUUUUCUAUUUCACCAAAAACCAGUUAGUUUUUAUUGAUAACAUUUCAAUAAUUUCACUAAAAAAUCAAGAAUUAUCUAAAUUUGAGAAGCUUUAAGGAGAUGACUAUAUUUCAUGAGGUACCAUCAUAUUUUUUUUGACAAUCCAUUAUUGUUAACAUUUUAUAUUUUUACUGUAAUCAUGCUGUACCACUUGAUUGAAAUGGGACAUUAUUAAUGUUUUAAUGUUAUUAUUAAGAUAAGAUAAACAACAGUAUAUAAUCACAAGAAUUUUGAUAAAAUGGAAAAGUUUUCUUUUCCUGUUUGAUAUGUUUAUACUUUACUUUUUUUCAUUUUUCAUUCAUUAAGCAACUUUCUUUCCAUUAUAUAGAAAAAUGUUAUUGUCCUUUUAAUUUACUAUUAUAGAUUUGGUCACAAUAGCCAAAACAUAUAUGAAUCAUUUUGGAUUCUAUCAUAUAACAAAAGUCCUGAUUUAAAACCUUUUUUGAGUAUUUUGCAAAUCUUGUGCAAUUGUUAACAGAUAUAAAAUCAAGGAAUUGAAUAAAUAUUAACAGACACAUCUCGCAAGCUUUGUUUACAGACGGUCACAUGACAUGUAGUGGGUAUAAUUUAUGUGCUAUCCAGUCUGAAAAUAUAGGGAAAGGUAAUGUUAUGUUGCAAAAGCAACCACCCACUGUUAACGUGAGAAAAAAAUGGCAAUUGGAAAGGCAUUCCAAUUGUUCAAAUUAGUGUUUAAUUUACUUAUUGUAGCCAUUCUCUGUGCUUUGUAAUUUAUGUGAUCCUUUGUAAACCUUAGCUGGCCUAGAAAUCGUAUGUGUCAAAAUCGCAGUUCAUGAAUUAAAGACUCUCGUGCAUACUUAAACAGGCCGUAUAUAUGCAGGGGCCUAGGCCUAGCAUUCCUUGAAAUGUCUCAAUGUUUGGGACCAGUAACUUUUGCAGCAUUCGCAAACCAAUAUGGCAAAAUUUUCAAUUUCUAAUCAAUUUGGUAUGGUUUACUGGCAUUCCAACCAACACUAUUCAACAUCAAUGUGCUUUACAACAGAAACACUCCGCAGUUUCCCAUUACCAAGCAUCAGUUGAGAUGUCGUUUACAAUUUAUACCCAUUACGUGACCAACCUAGCAGAAUGUGUCUAUUAAAAAGCUUGCUUGCGUAUUAACUCAUAGGCAUAUACUAGUACUCAGUACUUUCGUGCCAUCUCUCACAUUAGAAAAAUUAAUGUAAAAUUAUUUAAAGCAUUAAGGUUUUUAUAUUUUUGUAAUUUGGGUCAAGAAAAACUAUAAUAUGCAAAUCAAUCAAAAAUGAAAAUAUUUUUUUGGAAGCUGCGUCAUUCCAUCCAUGAACAUUAAUCUAAUUUGAUAUACCGGUAGUAUAUUUUAAAUCCACUACAAAACAAAUUUAAUGCAAUUUAAUUUUUGAGUGUAAAAAUAUGUAUAAUAUCAAUUCAUCUCCAUAAUUUUUGGGAUUAAAAUUCAAAAUGAUGUUAAUGUUAAGGACGAAGUGCAAAAGCUGAUACAGUAUUGAGGUUGAAUAACAAAUUUCCUUCAUGUCAAAUUGCAAAAUGGAUUAGGGUCUGAGGUCAAACUUUAAAAAUAAAAAAGUUCAUGUCAAAUUUUUACUAUUUAUGUCAAAGUGCAAAAUACUUAUUUAAAGUCAGUAUACGUGGUCAAUACUAUAUUUGAGAUUCCGGUAAAAAAUUUGAUGCCAGAAUUUUAGGUCAACUUGCUUGUUAAUCUCAGGUAGUGAUCUUGAUGAAAAUUUUACUGUAAAAUUAUUUGAUUUUCAUAUUAUUUUUUCCUAUGUAAAAAAUUAAAAAUUACAAAAAAAGGUCUGCAUCAAUUACUUCGCAAUAUUCUCAAAAAAUAUUUACUACUAUAACAUUCAAGAUCUAUAAAUACCGGUAUGCCAAGCAUGAUCAUGAAGUUCUUCCUUUCUGGCGGGCUACCUAAGCUGCUCAACAGAAAUACUAGAAGUGCUUAAGAUUAUUUUGAUCCAUUUAAGUGCUAAAAAUAUUUCAGCUUGCUAUUCCACAAAAAUAUAAAUUAUAACUUAAGAUGGUUCAACUCUAAAAUCCAUGUUUUUCUAACAUUUAUCAAAUUGAAUAUUUUGUUCCGUGUUUCUGAAAGUUUGUAAGUAGUUUGCGGAUGGCCAACUUAUUUGUGCAAUCUGAAUAUAUUUUUUAAAUUAUCAAAGUAUACAUUACUCUGAUAUCAUUUAUACUUAGUUGGUAGAGCGAGUCCAAAAUUAUUCAUUUUUAGCCAGGCUCAGUCAUGUUAAAUUACACAUUAUGGUCCAUCUGAGAAUCAAAAUGUAUAAAACCCUGAAUCACAAAUGUCAUGUUAUAGGGAUUAAAUUAUAACAUCACACAAAGUUCACUUUUGUUUACCAAUUCUUCAUCCCAUUGCAGUUCAAAUAAAGAUAUCUUGAAUGAUGUUGCCUUUUUAUAAAUGAAUUGUAGUAAUCGCCAAUGUCAUUGUGUACUGCAAAUGUUUGUGUUGUAGAAAUUGCAGUUUCCAAUCCUGGGCCAGUCCUGAGUCAAUUAUGGGCGAGACCCAUAAAUGUAAAUGGGGUUGCCAAAAUUUCUAACAACUUUCAGCCUCAAUGAUUUUCAAUUGUGCAAUUAUGUGAAAAAAAAGUAAUGAAUUACAAAAUACUCAAAAGUAUGUGUUUAUAUCUCUUGUUGGAUACAAGAAUUCAGAAACCUGUACCUGAAAAUUUGUGUAGUGUAUUAAAAACUAUGUUACAUUAAUAAACUAGUUGCUUGCUA